AAUCAUUGUUUGUCACCGUACAUUUAGUACCUGAUCUUUAUAAUACACAUCUUGCCAUUAACUCUAUAGCAUUGAUGUUUUAAUUCAUUUUAUUUGAUACCAUCUAAACAUCUUGAUGCUAUUUAACCAAUUGCAUCUAUCAGGAAAUAAAUAUGUAAAUACCUACAAUACAAUUGAUGAUAUUUGUAGGAUGUGAAUGAGUGUUGAAAUAAAAGAUCGUAAUACGAAUGUAACCCUAGAAGCAGCAAAUUUCGACACUAGUGUCUUUACUAGUAUCAAUCUUUACCACAAGGCAGCACGACUAAUAGUGACAACAGCACCUCCUGUCAUGGUAGACAGCAAUACUGAAGAUCUUGGUUCUUUAUACAAGUUUGUUCCAUCUGGGGGAUCUUUUAACAUACCGUGGCGUGGUCACACCGGAUGUAACCUUUUUUUUCGCUUUCUUACUCAACAAUAAGAAUUCUUGUAUAUGUUCAACGAAAAAAAGCACAACCGUUAUAAAAAAUAUCGAAAUUCGCGUACGAAGGAAUUUCAUAUAACUUCACGUUAAUACAUAGAUAUAUGCUAUGUUCGGCCGUAGCAUAAUCAUGGCGACCAACAAAUCACAACGACUGGACGAUCUCGUACAAACGGUUACUCUACACAAUCCGCGAAAAUUAUUAUUCAAUGGUUACGUCUUACCUUUCAUAGUAUUGCAAUUAGUGUGGAUUUAUAGUUGGAUAUUUGUUUACGGUUUCAAUGAAUAUUACGAAGCAGGUCUGAUUGGAAUCGUUGCAAUCAGUGUACUACAAAUUUUUAUCUGCUUGUGCUGUCAAUGGUCUGUGCAUGUGCAUACCUUUUUAAAUUGCAGUUCGGAAAAGAAUCCAUAUAUAGCAAAGGUAGCAAAGGUGGUGCCUGUUCCAAAUAAUGGAAGUUCAGAACUUGUAAAAUUAAAUCAUGCAGACAAACAAGAACCAUGGUUUGUAUUUCAAAAAACGAAAUAUUAUUGGGAGCCAAAUGAAAAAUGUUUUAAAAGUCUUCAAUUUCCAAUCAAUCAAUCAAUUAAACAUUAUGCUGAAUGGAAGGGAUAUAUUGAUGAGAAGGAAGUCACAGCUGCUGAGGAAAAAUGUGGUAAAAAUAAAUUGGAUAUGUUUGUACCAGAGUUUUGGGAACUUUUUAAGGAAAGAGCAAUAGCACCAUUCUUUGUUUUUCAAGUAUUUUGCGUGGCACUUUGGUGUCUUGAUAAAUAUUGGUAUUAUAGUAUUUUCACUCUUAUUAUGCUUAUUAUGUUUGAAUGUACGCUUGUACAACAGCAACUCAGAAACAUGGCUGAAAUACGAAAAAUGGGAAACAAACCAUAUAUGAUAAUGGUUUAUAGAAACAGAAGAUGGCGUUAUAUGUUCACUGAUCAAUUAGUUCCCGGUGAUAUUGUUUCAAUAACAAGAUCACAAAAUGAUAAUUUAGUUCCAUGUGAUAUGUUAUUAUUAAGAGGCCCAUGUAUUGUGGAUGAAAGUAUGCUAACAGGUGAAUCUGUUCUUCAAAUGAAAGAACCAAUAGAUGAUAUAGAUGGAAAUAGAGAUUUAAAUAUAGAAGGCGAUGAUAAACUUCAUGUAUUAUUUGGAGGAACAAAAGUAGUACAACAUACACCACCCAGUAAAAAUGUGUCAGGUCUCAGAGCUGUUGAUAAUGGCUGUGUUGCUUAUGUUUUGCGUACUGGAUUUUCAACAUCACAGGGUAAACUCUUAAGAACCAUCUUAUUUGGAGUUAAACGUGUUACAGCAAAUAAUCUUGAAACAUUUGGAUUCAUUCUAUUUCUUCUGAUAUUUGCAAUUGGUGCUGCGGCUUAUGUUUGGAUCAAAGGCAGUGAGGAUCCAACAAGAAAUAAGUACAAGUUAUUUUUAGAGUGUACACUUAUUCUUACAUCCGUUGUACCACCAGAAUUACCCAUUGAAUUGUCAUUGGCUGUAAACACUUCCUUGUUAGCUUUAUCUAAAUUAGGAGUAUUUUGUACAGAACCUUUUAGGAUACCAUUCGCAGGGAAAGUUGAAAUUUGUUGUUUCGAUAAAACUGGAACUUUGACUAGUGAUAAUCUUGUUGUCGAAGGGAUAGCAGGGAUUGAUGGUAAAACAGAUGUGAUGCCAAUCUCAGAUGCACGUUUAGAAAGUGUGCAAGUACUUGCAACAUGCCAUUCUCUUGUUCAGUUGGACGAUGGAAUAGUCGGAGAUCCACUUGAGAAAGCUACACUGAAAGCUGUAAAUUGGAGCCUCACUAAAAGUGAUUCUGUAAUACCAAAAAAAGGCAAAUCACCUGUACUAAAGAUUUUACAAAGACAUCAUUUCUCAUCUGCAUUAAAAAGAAUGUCAGUUGUCGCAGGAUAUACAUCACCAGGUUCAUCUGAAAAUCAUUACAUAGUUACAGUAAAAGGUGCACCUGAAACUAUAAAGAAUAUGUUAUCUUCUAUCCCUGAUAAUUAUGAUUCAACGUAUUUAUCUCUUUCUCGUCGUGGUGCAAGAGUAUUAGCUUUGGGUUAUCGUAAGCUUUCAACUCCAAUAUCUGCCCAGGAAUUGAGAGAGUUUACUCGGGAAGAUUUAGAAAAAAAUCUUUUAUUUGCUGGAUUUGUUAUUAUAAGUUGUCCACUUAAACCAGACUCUAAGGCAGUUAUAAAAGAAAUACUCAACGCUUCUCAUUCUGUAGUUAUGAUUACUGGAGAUAAUCCUUUGACAGCUUGUCACGUUAGUCGUGAAUUACAUUUUACAAAAAAACCAGUUACUCUGAUUUUAACAAAAAACGAUGGUGAAUGGUUUUGGGAAAGUGUAGAUCGAAAAACACGAAUAUCUUUAAGUUAUAAAAAUGUUGAUUCAAAAGGUAGCGAAAUUUGGAGAGAACAUACGCUUUGUAUAACUGGAGAGGGGCUCUCGUAUUUGAAUGAAAAUAACAUGAAUCUUUUACGAAAGUUAUUACCACAUAUUGUAAUAUUUGCUCGAUGUGAGCCAAAACAGAAAGAGUUUAUUAUUGUUUCUUUACAAUCAUUGGGAUAUACAACAUUGAUGUGUGGUGAUGGAACAAAUGAUGUAGGUGCAUUAAAACAUGCUCAAGUAGGUGUUGCGAUUUUGUCUAGUGCACCUGAAAGAGCAUCAGAGAAACGAGAAAAUUUGUCGGGUGGAUCAAGUGGAAAUACAAAUGCAACUGUAACAAAUACACCAAAAAGUAAUGGACCCCGGAUGAAUAUGAAACAACAAUCUAAUAUGCAAACAAAAAUACAAAAAAUAUUGAAAGAUCUUAAAGAACAGGAACAAUCUGUUAUCAUAAAACUUGGAGAUGCAUCUAUUGCUGCACCAUUUACAAGCAAAAUGUCUUCUAUUCAGUGUAUAUGCCAUGUAAUUAAACAAGGACGAUGUACGUUAGUUACAACAUUGCAGAUGUUUAAAAUUCUGGCUUUGAAUGCAUUAGUACUGGCUUAUAGUCAAUCUGUUUUGUAUUUGGAUGGUAUUAAAUUCAGUGAUGCUCAAGCGACUUUACAGGGUAUUCUUUUAGCAUCCUGUUUUCUAUUUAUAUCUAGAUCAAAACCACUGAAAACUCUAUCUAAACAAAGACCACUGCCAAAUAUUUUUAAUCUAUACACUAUUGCAACAGUGUUGCUGCAAUUUGCUGUACAUUUCUUUUGUCUUGUGUUUUUAGUAAAAGAAGCUACGCUUUUAUCUGUAAGGGAUGAUAAAUUAACAGCAACUUUUGCUACCAAUGCAGACGUAAAUCAAAAUGUUUCUAUUGAUUCUUCUAAUAAUAAUGAAGAUAAACCAUUUGAGGCCAAUUUAAUUAAUAGCACUGUUUAUAUAAUAGCUAUGGCACUUCAAAUAUCCACUUUUGCCAUUAAUUACCGGGGUCAACCAUUUAUGGAAAGUCUAGCACAAAAUAAAUCAUUGUUGUACAGUCUCUUGGGUAGUUCUGCUGUUGUUUUAUCACUAGCUUGUGGAAUAUUACCAGACGUAGCUUCGCAAUUGGAAAUUGUUGAUUUUCCAAAUGAUUUUCGAAGAGUUUUGGUUCAAAUACUUGUGGCAGACUUUGUGCUUGCAUAUAUUGCUGACAGAACGUGUUUAUGGCUCUUUGGAGAGGGAAAACAUAAUAAAUUGUGAUGAGAACAUUUUCUGAAUAAGAUCAUAAUUUAUAAGAAUACGGAAUGAAAUGAUUAACAACGUCAUGAAGAAUAUAUGUAAAAAUCAGUAAUAUUACAUGAGGUAGCAUACAUCAGACAUGAAAAUUUUAUUCCGUCGUUGGUAGCCUAAUAAUUUAAUAAGACAUUUUAAUGGCAUAAAAAUAAUCUCAUCAUUUUUCGAAUUCAUUUACGCGUUUUAAAUAAAUCAAUCCUGAUACAGGUAUUGUAUAUCUUGCUAUAUUACUUUUUUUUUUUUUUUUACUCAAGACAUUUUAUAAUAUAUUAAUAUAUAAUUAAAAGUUUCUGUAUUUUGGAUCGUAAUUAUUUAAUAUAAUAUUUAAGAAUAAUUACAUAAAAUGAACUGAAGUAACCAGCGUGCAUUAUUCGAUCUCACAAUCAAUGAGCUAUCGAACUGUAAUUACUUUUUUUAAUUCCAUUAGAUAUUGUUUGCAAUUUUUCACGUGAACACAUUCCGUUCGCUUCAUUAAAAAAAAAAAGAAUAAUUAUUGAAGAUGUAAAUAACUUUAGAAGUUAUUGUUUUGAAGUAUUACGUUGUUAUUUCUAUUGUGGAAUGCACUGGUUAAUAUAUUUCAUUGUAUAUAGUAACAAUUGCAUUCCAAUCUUAAGGAUAGUGUUACAAAAUAUCACGUUAUGGACAAAUUAUUUGCCGAUUCCAAAUAUGACAAAAAUAUGUGAUAUUAAAAAUUUUGUUUUGAAA